GGCCGGAGCGGGGGAUCCCGGGCCGGGGCCGGAGCUGGAGCUGGAGCUGGAGCCGGAGCCGAAGCUGGAGCCGGAGCGGAGGGGGGUGUCGGGGCGGAGAGGGCCGGAGCCGGGACCCAGCCGAAGCGGGGAAAUCGGCCAAGUGAGCGCCGCGGCUGCCGCUACCAAUGCCGUCGCCAAAGCUCGCUGGGCGUGCGCGCUGCGCUCUGGUGAGGAGGGCGCUCCGCUCCGCCUUUAUAGCUCCAUGGCGGACCACGUUGAGAACAACAACAGCCUGGUCUGGAGCCAGCGCCAACUUGUGCUUCUUGGAGCCCCUUCCUCGGCCGCUGGCUUCCCGGCCCGCGCCUCCCGGGCGCCACCGAGACCACGGCCGAGCGCCCCGGACAGGGCCCGAGCCUGCGGCGCAGCAGAGAGGCGGCCUGCGCCCGGGAAGGGCUCGGAGAAGUCGUCCGCGGGGGCCUGUGCGAGUCUGGCAGCUCUGAGCUGGGCGGGGUGCGGCAUAACUGGUGCCGAGGAGGCGCUGAACAGUCUUUCUCGAAGCCAAAAAAGCCUCUACUUGGGGAAGCUGAGACCAUGGGGAGACACGUCGGGAGGAGAGCUGAUCCCUUUGGAGGCAGUGAGUACAGCCUAUAGGAGAAGGAAGAUAAGUCCAGGUCCCUGCCAAGAAGGCCAAGCCCCUCUCCCAGGAAGGAGGACCCCGUCCCCCCACCGCAGUGAACUGUGUGUCAAGCCAGGAAAACCUUGCUGGCCUAAGACCUCAGCCAAGGUGAGGAGACACCAUCAGGAAUCUCCUAGCAGAGAUUGGGGUGGGUUUCUGAAAGUGCCACUGGCUGAACCCCGGGGGCAGCUGGGGAGCAGAAAGGUGUUGCAGAGACCGCGUGGCUUGCGCAAAAACCACAGGCUCCGGAAAUGGGAAGCAUGCGCAGGCUGGGCGACGCGGAGGAUGUCGUGCGGUGAGAGAAGCAGUAAGAGGGGCUGCUGCAGCCGCCGAGGACUUUCUAUUCAGGAGCAGAAGCCAUCCGAGACGGAGUAGAGGGCACCCCAGGAAGGUGGGUAUGGCGGCCCUAGCAUGGUGGACCAGGGUGCGCGGAGCUGGGGCGGGAACAGGACCCCCGGAAGAGAGCUGGCCCCAGGAGACCAACUGGAGGGGGAGGCAGCCAGGUGACUGGCCCGGAGGGGCUUGAGCUUGGUCUCGGAAAGGUCAGAGCAAGAGCAGAGGGUGAUGCCCCUGGUGGCACCCCAGCAUGGGCAGCAAGGGCACCCUCAGACUGGUAUUUGUCCAGCCAUCCCGGAGAGAAGGUCGCUGGAAAUGUGAAUCUGGAGCUGGUUGCAGCAGCAGGCUGGGUCAGGGGUGUCUUCCCAGGUCAUUGUGCAGGGAAGAGGAGGAUGUGGAAAUGGUAGGAAAGGGAGGGGUGCUCCAUGCGAGACAGAGGAAGAACGGUCAGAGAGGAAGGAGGGAACCCGGUGUGGCUGUUGUCAUGGAAGCUAAGGAGGAGAGAGUUUCAAGAAAGAAGGGCUGGUGUGUGACAAUGCGGCCCAUUCAGAAAGUGGGUAGAUCCGUCAGCAGAGUGGACAGGUUCAGCAGAGCUGGAGAGACUGGCAAGCUUCUAGCUUCCGAGACCCUCUGGCUGGAAUCUGCCUGUUUUGCCCAGUGUUUUAAAAACAAAACAAGUAAAUUAUGUCCAGGAUUGAAAAAUCAGGUGAUUUCAGAUAAAAAUGUGUCCAGAUUUCAGCUUUCCUUUAAAAAAAAAUCUGAAGAUUCACCCUGGUUGGGGGCAGAAGAAACAGGGCCUGAGGGAACUGUUACCCCUCUAAAUGGGCCAGACUCCCAGCACCUGGUCAGUUUGGGGAGUGUGGCCACUGUGGGACAGAUGGAAGGUUCUCCAGCCCCGGGGGGAGGCCUGGCUGUGGAGAGGAGAAGGAAUUGAGGGAGUGGACACAUGAGGCAGGGCAGUGUGACUCAGGCCACUGGGAGGACGCAGAAGACAGGGCUCAGAGUCCACAUCAGCCCUGGUGGGCUCCUUGGCCUAUGGGUAGAGCGGGUGCUUUUGUUGGGGGCAGGGGGUUGCUGCCUGUGGACCUGUGAAGCAGGGCUCCAGGAGACGGAUUCUAGGGCUUUGGGAACUGGCAGAGACUAAGUGGCUUCAUCCCACUGGCCUCGUUUUACCCAUAAGGACACAGGCUUGGGGGACGGAGGAUAGUGGCUUUGUCCAGUUAGCCAGGAUUCUAGGCCUGGAGUUCUGCCAGCCUUCAGGGAUGCUUCUCAAACCCCACACUCCCCAGCCCCCCACCCCCCGUCACUUCUCUAAGGAAACGUAGGUGGGGACGUCCUCAAGUAACGAAAAAAAAUGAUGGAAUUUGAAGAAAGAAACAUCUGGAAGUGGCCAGGGCCUAGCAGAGACGACCCCCUCCCGCAUCAGCCCCAGGCCAGGCCAGUCUUGGAGUUACGCUGGGGGGCAGAAUCAGGGUGGGUAGGUGGGUCCUCUCCCCUUAGGUGAGCUCCUCCUCCAGUCCUGGGGCUCCAAACACCAUCCAUACACUGAUGACACCCCGUUUAUGUCAGCCUUCAUUCCUGUCUCUCUUGACGGACAGACUGGCCGCCGGCCACCUGCCGCUAACUCCACUGGGAUGUCCAAGCACGUCUGUCUCCGGGUGACAGCUAAAACAGAACUCUGUCUUCUCUUGCAAACCUGGUCCUCCCCGAGGGUUCACAGACAGUUCUAGCCCCAAAGCACAGACUUGGCCCCGAUUUCUUUUCUCCUCUACUCUCUCAUUGAACCUAUCGAUUCCGGUCACAUCUAUUCCCAAAACGGGGUCCUCCCCAAGCCCCCGAGAUCUCCACCCUUCCCCUCUGGGUCCUCCAAACCUCUCCACGCAGCAGCAGAUGGAGCGGCUAACACGGAAGUCUGAUCUCCUGUAUCCCCCGCCUCCCUGCCGAAGGGCCUCGGGCAGCUUCUCAUCAGAUUUAGGAUGAGUCUGCACUCAGCCACACCAGCCUUUUAGUUCCUCACACAGACGUGGCUGGGGGGGGGCCCUCAGGGCCUUUGCACUUGCUGUGUGGCUGACAGCAGUUACUCCUAUCUCAAUCCUCGAGAUCCUCUCCAGGGUAGCCGCCUAGCCAGCCAGGCCGAAUACCUCUGGAGAAUUCCUGUAUCACAUCGCCCUGCUUGAUUUUCUUCAUAGCACUUAUCAUCAUCUGACCCUAACCGGUCUAUUUACGUGUGUACUGGGCGUCUGUAAGAACAGAGUUGGGUCUGCCUUGCUCCCCGCUGGACCCCGGGGCUGGGCACACCCCCUGCCCGGUUGCCGCCCUUGCUCGCUGCCGUCCGCCGCCUGAAGACAGCACUGGUUUGCCUGCAGCUGCUGCACCAGGAAGGUGGGCUGGAGGUCAGGAGUUCCUGGUUGGGCUUAGAGCCUGGCACUACCACAAACUUCGCGUGUGACCCAUCACUGCCCCCACACUACUGUGCCCUCAGUUCCCCAGUUUGUGAAAGGGGGUCCGCUGUGUGCAGGACCCUCCAGCUUUGGCAGCCUGAGUCUGGACUUCUGAACUGAGAUGUCCUCAGGAGAAGGGAAGACCGGCAAGAAUACAGCCUUUCUGGAGAACGAGAAGCAAAACAAAGAAAUCCUGCCUGGUGUCAGGCAGAAGGUGGCAAGUCUCAGUCUAGGAUGCCGAACCCUGGGCUCUGGGAAGGCUCCUGUGUUUCUGUCAGCCUCAGUGUUACCAUCUGUAAAAGGGGUAUCUGCUCUACAGCCCAAGCGGGGGGGCACCUCCACCUGGGAGGGUUUCGGAAGGCCUGGGUGGGAGUCCCCAGCCUCAGGGACAGGAUUCAGAGGCCCUGCCACCUGACGGCCCCUCCCCAGGAAAGGCCCUGUUGGCUGUUUCCUGCUGAGGGUAACAGUUGAGGGCCAAAGAGUCUGUCUCCCCAAAACAUGUGUUAAACUGAGAUGCUGGUUCCAUCCUAGGCCUGGACUGGGAAGGAGGGUGGCAGAGCCUAGUUUGGAAUUUCAAACGUAGAGAGGCAUUAAGUACUUUUCAGCAUUUAAGGGGAGACAAAGGGAAAUUCUCCAGGCAAGACUGUGGGGAAGGUUGCCUUUAAGAUGCAAAUGUGUAUUGUGAAGCCCUGAAUGGGGACAUUGUUCGGGGGCCCUGGCCCCUCACCCCUGUGGCUGGGCGGUGGGCUCAGAGGGGCCGGUGGGUCUGAAGAACCCGGGCGAAGCAGCCAGAGAUCAAAGGAGUGGACACGUCGAUGCUGAGGCUGAAAGGGUGCGAUACGUGGGGACCGAGAGAGCUUGGAGUUCCUGGAGGCCUUGCUUGGAGGGAGCCUGCUGGCCCCUCCAGCCCGGCAGGGUCCCAAAGGAGGAGCUGGGCCCCAGCUCUGCAGGGAGAAUGGGACAGGCCAGGGGGCUGGUUCCUAAGUGCAGACGGCCCAUGCUUAGGGCACCAGCAAAACAGGACCCCCUCAAAGGGUUCUGUUAGGGUACACAUUGUUUUAGGAAUGGGGGUAAGUGGUGUGCAUUAGGGAAGAAGCCAGACCUUGUGGGACCUCACACAGCAUUAAAGUGCUGUGUUCAUUCCGAAUUGCAUUAGGGGAGAAGGGGCAGGAGGCCCGCGUGCACACGUCUGCAUGGGCCUCGAGGGAGGGCUCCACCCCAGGGACCUGGGGACCAUGGGUGUCGAGUAAGAAUCCCCAACCUAGAGAUAAGGCCCACAGAGGUGAUAGGAGUUGAGGAUGAUGGGAGAUUUGAACCUGUUUGCAGAAUUGAGCCACCUCCCGUCUGUCCGUUUUCCAAGAGCUGUGAAGGCUGCUGAACCGAGCAGACAGCAGGUGCAGGAGAAAAGGGAGGUGGGGGCCCUGGGCUCUGCUGUAAGUCACCUGCCUUUCCCCAGACCUUCUUUUCCCCCAUUUCUUUAAAAGCCCAUUAGUUUUUAAUCAGUAAAGUUAUUCGUGGUCCAAAACCCAACAGUGCAGAAGGAUGCGAAGUGAAAACAAAGCCUCAGCCCCGCUCCCUGCUCCCCGCAGGCGCACGCGGCCCAAUGGGCGGGCGCAGGGGUGCCUCUCGCUCUGUUAAGCCGGAUGGUCCGGUCAGCACAUCCGGCCGCAGCGUGUUCUCCGGAAUAGCUGCGGAGCGGCCCCCAGCGUGUGCCUGGCUUUAGUUAACCAGCCCGGUUGAUGGGUGUGCCCCGCCCUUCCAGUGCUUCCACGACUCUCCUCACUAGCCCAGAAAUAUCUGCGGGAGUCAUCCUGUAAUUGGGGUUUCUCUGUCAAAGAGAAUUGUUAACUUUUGGUGACCUGUGGCCAGGUUGUCCUCAGAGCCUGCCCCUCCCCCCGCACCCCCAUUUCCUCCUCCGCUGCCCGGUGUUCCCCACCUGGGGCCUGUUUCCAUGAACCAAGGGGGGAGUACUCAGACCUCAGGAUACGUUUUUCUUUCUUUUCGUGUUUUGGAACCCCCGGCUUGUGUAUGUGUGCUCUCCCCUGGACCCCCAUCUCAGGGGCUGCCAUCACUCCUUAGGGCCACCCCCGAUGCCCCCUCCUAUGGGCUGUGGCCGAGUCUAGCGGCCUGCCUUCUGCCAGCUUUUCUAACUUCGUAUCCCGUUCUUCAUCCCUGUCAGACGCCUCAGCCGCCCGCCUGUCUGCCUGGCUGCCCUGGGCUCUGUGGUUCACCAGAGCCCUGACUCCCCCGCCCUGAGGGUCCCAGGGCUUGGAAGUGGGGUCUCUGCCCAGCCCUCCAGCCCAUGUGGGCACAGGGCCUCAGGCGCUCAGAGCUCGGACGAGGGCUGAGGGUUGGGAAGAGGGAAUGAGCGGUGGGAGCCGGCAAACGGCUUCUCCAGGCCGCGCCCCUGAGGAGCUGUGCCCACCGGGCUCACCCUUGGGUGGGGACCUAGGAGAGCAGCUCAGAGGGGCUGGGCUGCCAGCGUCGGGGAGGCGAGGCCGGGGUGAGGGGAGGGUAGCUCCCAGCCCGAAGCCUUCAGGGGGAUUCCUUUCCUUGGGGGACAGAGGUGUCCCGGGCACUGUCCUAGGGCUCCCCCUGGCCCAGGGCCAGCUGACAGGCUCCGAGGGGGAGCGCUGGCCCGGCUGGGGCUCUGGGACCCCGCAGCCUCGCCUCUGCCCCUGUGGGAAGUGCCGGCUCUGAGGAGCCUGCCCCGCAGGGCUUGGCUUCCUGAGGCUGUUGGUGCCAGAACGGUUUCCUGGCCUCAGACCCGUGGUAGAGCUUGACAGCUCUCUUCCAGAAUCCUCUGUCUGAGGCCCGAGGAGCUGGGGCAGGAUGGAAAACCCGUUCUGGGAGGGGGCUCCGGACCACCAGGACAAAACCUGACAGAGAAACCACCUUUCUAGGUCUCCCUGCACCAUCAGCCCGGGCGGCCUGCUUUGGCCUCCGCAGCAGCGAGAUCCCUGUUGGCUGGGGUGCAGGCGAGGGAAUCUCAGCUUUAUCUCCCUUUCCUACAAGCAGUCUCAGUUUGUGGACCAACUUUCUUCCUGGGGAAGAACUGAGAGCAGCCUGCGGCCCCCUGCUCAACAGAUGGAGCCCGGGUACCACAGUUGCCAGGAAUCGAAUGUUCCCCGGGUGGUUGCAUGUGCCUGGCUGGUGUAUUUCCACCUCCACUAUCCAGAUAAGGAAACUGAGGUUUCGGAGAGGUUAGGUAAUGUCCCUGAUGAUAUACGGCCAAGAAAAGAUGGCAAAGAAUUUGCUGUUUACUCCAUUGCAAGUAGCCCCCCUCUGCCACCUCCAGACACUCAUACUUUGCUUUAUACCACUUAUCACUUUCUGAGAUUAUCCUGUCUUGUGCCUGUCGUCCCCACAAGAGCAGGGACCCUGUCUAACUCACUGCUGCAUAGGGCCCGGCACAUAGUAGGCCCUCAAUAAAUAUUUGUUGAAUGAAUGAGAUGGGAUUCAAACCCAGGUCUGGCUGGGAGGCUUGUGCUUCCUGUCACAGCAGCAACCCUACACGGGUCACAACUCAAAAGUGUGUGUGCACUGGGCCUGCUAGGCCACCUGGCAGAGCGGGCAGGGACUCCACAGGGUUGUGACACCUUUGAAAACCCUAGUGGAAAGCCUACUGUGAUCUUUGCAAGGCUCACAGAGUUUUAUUUCAUAGUUACUUGCUUGUCCAAUUUGGGGAUCCUGAAGUGGUCAAGAGUGAGUUAACAGAUGCCCUGGAAGUUUCCGCCCGAGAUGAGGCACAACCUCAACCUAGACUCUGCUCCCUAACUGCCAUUAUCUGAGGAGGGGCCCUGAAGAGUGGGGACAUUAUGGCUCACCGGGCCACUUCCGACGGCCACCUGCCACCUGGCUCUGCCACGGCCUCCUCCUCCCCCAGGUUCAACCCGAGCUUGUUGCUGUCCUGCUUGGACCUGCCAGCGGCCCCCGCCAGGCCCUGCAGCUUUCAGGCCCUGCUGACCUCUUCGACUUUAUCUCCCAGCGCUCCGGCCCUCCCUGCAGGCUCCCUCUCCACCGGGCACACCCUGUGCACACGGACAUCCUGCCAGGCAUCCUGCUGCCCGGCCCCCCUUCCAGACCACCCCCCUCUUGUCCGCACAAGCUCCCUCAAUCCUGUCAUCCUGAUUCCUUUUCUCAUAAGGUUCCUCUAGCUACAUGAGCUUUUAUUUGCUUGCUUCCUAUCUGUCGCUCUGCCUCCAAGACCUUGUCUGUCUUGCGUAGAAUCGAAUGAUGAAAAUCUAGAAAUGAAUCUAACUCCUGGCCUUAGGUUCAGAAAUAUAUUUGGGGAAGGGAAGAAAAGCCCAGCCAAAUCAAUGCCUAAUCUGGAGCCUGACAUAGCUCUUAGAAAAUGGGUUCCUUUCCUUUACUCCCCUCUCAUCAAGUGAUCUUUCUUGAAAGAGGUGGCUUUUGAGGAAUGCUUUGGGACCGCGAAGGGAUUGAAUGGGAAGGAUCCUUAGCCCACGUCUCAUAGUCCCAUCUGCCCUGCACCCCACACCCCCCGUUUUACAUGAAGAAGCUGAGGUCCAGAGAAGAGACAGGGCCCGCUCAGGCCAUUUGGAUUAUACUCCAAGUCUAAUUCCCAGUCCAGUGCUCUUGCCCCACCUGACCCCCUCGUCUGUCCAGUUGAGAAAGCCUCCAAGUGGGACUCCCUGUUGCCAGAUCUUCACAGAGGCCAGGUUUUCGCCAAGCCCCCAUCGGAUCCUGCCCACCCCUGCUGAAACACUUGGGCAGCUUCCCAUCACACUUAGAGUAAAAUCCAAACCUCUCCCCACAGCCCAGAAGGCCAAGUGUGGUCUGAGCCCUGCUGGUCUCACUCCUGUACCCUGGCUCCCCUUCACUGCUGGCCUCAGACAGCCAAGCCACACACCACAGCAGUGCCUUUGUGCUGCUGUUCCUUCUCUUCGCAGACUUGCACAGCCUUUGUCCCUUUGUGGCUAUCAAGUUAAUGUCCUCAGGGAAGCCCUCCCUAAACACCCCAUCUGAAGUAGGAUAACCCCCCCUCCGCAUCUUUCACAAAUCACUGUUCCAUGUUUUCCUUCAUACGUGGGAGUGUUUGCGUUGAUAGCCCUGGUUUCUCUGCCCCACCCUAAGGUUGGUGUCUGUACCUGGCACACAACAGAUGCUCAAUAAACAUUCGUUUGAAUAAAUGUAAUAAAAAGGGCCCUCAUGGGGUACAGAGGUUUGGUCUGGUCUUUUCUGCCCCAAGUAUUAAACUAGGUGUCUGGAGAGCCUGGGGUGGUGGUGGAGGCGAAGACGGCCUCGUCCCCCCAGCCCACAUAACUGUCAGGACUAACGAGAGGCGGCCGUUCGCCGAGCCCAGCGCAGAGCGGAGCAUGUGCAAGAGCCGCGACGGCUGGCCCUGGCGUGUGCGGGGCAUCCGGACUCCCCGCGCACGGCCCGCCGCCCGAGGAGGGGUGGCUUGCGGGGCAUGUGGGCGGGACGGGCACGCCCGCUGUGGCCUGAGGGCUGCUUGGGAUCUGGGGAGCGGGAAAGACCUCCUCCAUGCCACGGUUCUAAACCACCCGUGAGGACGUGGCCUAGUUCAGGUACGCGACCACCGAAGCCAGGGUCUACGGUGGAGACCUCUGGGAGCGGAACGAGGAGGGUUCCCGGGAAAGACGUUCGGGGCUGGCUCCCGCGCUCCCGGCCCUUCAAUACUGGGGGAGGCGGCGCUGAGCGCCUGGCCCGAGCCGGGUUGAGCAGCCUCGGUCAGGGCCUCGCCAGAGCGGGAGUGGAGUAGCUCCCUGCGGCCCCUCCGUUUCACGGGUGCCCCGGGCACUCGGGGGGCGCCCUUCCUUCCCGCCCCCGGCCGCCCAGCCGCCGCCCGAGGUCAGAAGCCGGGCCCGCCCGGGUGACCGCAGCCGGGAUGCAGCCCCCGCACUGUGCCCAGCGCGGCCGUUAGUCUUUGGCGCGCGCCCCGCCCCCGACGUCACCGCCGCCGCGGCCCGGCCCCGCCCCCGUCUCCACGGAGACCCGCAAGCUUCCCGGCGCCCGCCUCCCAACGGCAGGCCAGCGACUGCUCGCGCCUGCGGCUCGCGCGG